UCCUGCCAUUGGAUGUUGAUCCGACGUUCAAUGAUCAACCAUCGUUAUACGACGGACGAGGUAAGCACUACAUGAGGUAUUUAGCAUGUCAUCGCUGGCAUCGAGGAGAGCGGGAGGGGAUGGCGGCAGAGGUGUCGUGCGCCUGCGCAGGGGAAACGGAAGAGGAGGAGGCGAGGGCGCUGGUUGGAGAGGCGGCCGCAAUUCGGGCGCUGAACACCGCCGUGGAGCUCCACUUGGAGAAGACCAUGGAGAAGAAACGGGCGGUGGACGCGCAGAAAAAGGAGAUGUGGCGCCUCUUCCAGCUCUUCUUCCUCUUCCUGGCGGUGUUGUUCGCGGCCCAGCUGGGGGCGCCGCAGGACCGCCUCCAGUGUCGCCACUGCUGGGUCCCCAUCGCCCUCCUCGCCCUCGGCCACCUCGCCUUCUCCGCCGCCGCCGCCCAGACCCUUCGCUGCAUCCACGGCUGCAAGUACCAGCGCCGCUGCCACAAGCUCACCCUCGCCCUCGCCACCGACCGCCUCAAGCUCCUCACGACCCGCUGCUCCGCCGCCGCGGGCCCUGCGCCGGCGCUGCUUCCGGGGGAGUUGGAGAUCCACUACCAGAAGCCGCCGGAGAGCUACCAGCGCAAGUUCAACAGGAGCUGGGCUGUACACGUCGGCUUCCUGAUAUGUACCUUCGGGUUCAUGGUCUCCUGUACCGUAGUCGUCCUCUGCUUCUAGAAUAGGUUCUACUCUUCGAGAAGCUUCUGGAAGGCUCUAGAUGAGAUCUCCUAGUUUAUGGAUUAAAAUUUUUCUCUAUUUCUUUUCUAGGCAUAAAUAUUUCAGCACUUUUAAUUU